AUGGACUUCUCGGCGAUUCUCGUGUGGCUUCUUUAUGCCAGCGUAGCACUGGCUCUUCUCUGUCUAAGCACAGCAUUCGUACUUUAUGGUCAACCAAAGCAUGGCACAUCCUCGUUACUUGCAGAUUUCGCUGGUACUUCCACUCUUAGCGCUGCACCACUUACUGUUUCCUCUCGCUUUGUCAAUGGUGUUUGUAUCCUGGCGCUUUAUAUGUCUCUCCUAUGUUUAUUUACAGCUCCAACUGACGUUUAUUUACUGGAGAAUGCACUACCUCAUCUACCAGCCAAUGUACGAGCCCUUCGAGUGAUGUAUCAAGUUUAUUUUACGACAUUAGUCCUCUAUUCUCUUAUUGGGGCACCACUGGCUUAUCAUUACGCGAAAGAGACUGAAGUUGCACACUUGACAAUGAGAUUCUCAGCUAAAGAUCGUCUUUAUGCUGCUGUUAAACGUACGGCAUGUUUUCUACUGGGAUUAUCGCUGCUUCUGGUCAUGGUUAUGGUCAUAUUACUCUGUGGCAAACCUGCUAGCUCGGAUAUUGACUGGUUGAGGCCAUUGCUCAGGUUUUCAUCAGAUCUUGAGACUUUUCUACGACUAUUGGUGGGCAUUUUUGCACUUACUGGAAUGUACCUCUGGCUAGUCGUGUGUAGCCGAGGACUUGCAAGUGUGCCAUUGGUGGGUUUACUCAUGGAAGACCAUAGUAUUGACGAGAACAUGACGAUGUUUGAAGAAUUGCUGCAGGAAAAUGCGAUGGAGACACAGACAACAAAGCAAACAAGAGAAACGAUACUGCAACGAUAUGCUGUCGAACAGCAAAUGAGUGGCGCAGAUCAAGAACGAUUGUCGCAAUUAAAGACGCGUGAAAAACUUCUUGAAGAACGUCGGGACGUGCUGCGUCUAAACUUGCAGAAAUUUGCGGUGACUGGGAAACUGUCCUGUUGGAAGAUUCCGAUCGGUGUGAUUCUGAUGAUACUGUCGCUACUGAUCGUGAUAUCUAUGCUCAUCACCAGUAUCGACAAGAUGGCACACUCCAACUUUAACCGGGGAUUUCUUGUAAACGCGCCAGCGUUUCCGAACCCGAUGGAUCUAGUGCUCGUGCUAGCAUCGCGCGUCUUUCCGCUGGACUAUAUGGUUUUUGCAGUACUGUUCGUCUACUUGUUCACGGUCUCAUUAAUAGUGCUCAAGCGCCAUGGUCUGCAGUUCCUGUGUUUUCGACUGGGACGAUUGCAGCCACGACUUACGUCUGCAGCUACGAUGACUAUGCUGUCGCUCGUGUUGAUGCAACUUGCAAUGUUGGGGCUUUUCGCAUUGCUUACACUGGCGCCGCAGUAUUCUACCUUCGGUCACCAAGUGUUCGCUGAUGAGUCGGGACGCGUUAUUUCUUGCACUUUAGAGGAAGCAGCCAAUGCCGCUGCCGCUGCAGCCCAGUCGGGCAGUCUGCCCACUCAUUGUCGGAUGACACAGCUGGCACAAUUUUAUAAUGCUCUGGCAGUUGAGCUGCCCAUGAUUGGCAUGGCCUUUUUUGCUGGCCAGUUUUUAUUUGCCGCGGCGUUCGUUCCCUGGAUUGCACAUGCCUAUUGCAUGGCAAAGAAGCUUGAUGACCCUGUCGACCCCAAGUGUCAGCGCCUGCUAGACGAUCAGUAG